CGUGAGGGCGGCGGGGGCGGCGGGGUGAGGCGGCGGCGCUCGCGUCGCUCGGCCCCUUUCCGUGUCGGCCCUCGCAGAGGGAGCAUCGCGCGCUGCCGCCACCGCCCGGCCCGCCCCGCCCCGCGCCGCCGCCAUGGCCAAGGCCGAGUCCCCGAAGGAGCCGGAGCAGCUGCGGAAGCUGUUCAUCGGGGGCCUGAGCUUCGAGACCACGGACGAGAGCCUGCGCAGCCACUUCGAGCAGUGGGGCACGCUCACCGACUGCGUGGUGAUGCGGGACCCCAACACGAAGCGCUCGCGGGGCUUCGGGUUCGUCACCUACUCCUCGGUCGAGGAGGUCGACGCUGCCAUGAACGCGCGGCCACACAAGGUGGAUGGCAGGGUGGUGGAGCCCAAACGGGCCGUGUCCAGAGAGGACUCGCAGCGGCCCGGGGCGCACCUGACGGUGAAGAAGAUCUUCGUGGGCGGCAUCAAGGAGGACACGGAGGAGCAUCACCUGCGCGACUACUUCGGCCAGUACGGCAAGAUCGAGGUCAUCGAGAUCAUGACCGACCGCGGCAGCGGCAAGAAGCGCGGCUUCGCCUUCGUCACCUUCGACGACCACGACUCCGUGGACAAAAUCGUCAUCCAGAAGUACCACACGGUGAACGGGCACAACUGCGAGGUGCGCAAGGCGCUGUCCAAGCAGGAGAUGGCCAGCGCCUCGGCCGGCCAGCGAGGCUGUGCCCCCCGCAGCAAUUUCGGGGGUGGGGGCAGCUACAACGACUUCGGCAGCUACAACAACCAGGCCUCGAGCUUCGGGCCCAUGAAGGGCGGCAGCUUCGGGGGGCGCAGCUCGGGGCCCUACGGCGGCGGCGGCUACGGCAGCUCCAGCGGCGGCGGCAGCUACGGAGGAGGGAGGAGGUUUUAACGGCCAGGUGAGGGGGAAAAUG